AUGAAUGAAAAGGAUAAUAAAUUAUAUGGAUUGUUGGAUUUUAAUAAUAUAAGAACAGUUCAAUUUGGUUUAAACUAUAAUUUUCAAACAUGGUACGGAUGUAGUGUAUACUUUAAUGAAAACAGUACUCAACAACUAGGUUACACUUACUAUAAUGAAAUUUACGACUCGAAUGUUCAUGACAAAUUUAUUAAAGAAAUAGUAGAAUGUGAUAAUGAUGAAAAUAAAGUUUCUGACAAUAGUUCGAACCCAACAAAGAAAAUACAACAAGACAACAUUAAAACAUCUAAAAAUAGUGAGCAAAAAACUACAUUGAACGAAAAAAAACAGCAUUGGCUUGAUACCCUUUAUGUUUGUGAUUAUUGCUUCAAAUAUACAGCCAAUAGAAACGAGUUAUUACAUCAUAUGUCAGUCUGCUAUUAUAAGGACCGUUUACCGGGAAAAAUAAAAUAUUUAUCACCGGAAUACACUAUAAGACGUAUAAGAGGGUUUAAACACACUCUUUUCUGCCAAUGCUUAUGUAUAUUUACAAAAUUAUUUUUGGAUAAUAAAUCCAUGUUUUUCAUGGUUGAUAAUUAUGAAUUCUUUGUCGUUUAUGAAACAGAUGGGAAUAGACCAUUGGGAUUUUUUUCAAAAGAUUUUCUUUCUCCGGAGAAAAACAAUUUGGCGUGCAUUUUGAUAUUCCCUCCCUAUCAGAGAAGAGGAUUGGGCUCAUUGUUGAUAGAGUUUUCCUACAAAAUAUCUGAUUAUGAAGGACUCAUCUCAGGACCAGAAAAACCACUAAGUCCAUUUGGUCUAAUAGCCUAUUGCAAAUAUUGGAGUAAAAGGAUUUGCUAUGAAUUUAUAGAUAACGACUUUCAAGAGAAUGCCACAACAACUUUAGAGGAUAUAUCAAGACAUACAAGGCUCAAAACUGAAGAUAUAACUCUUGCCCUGGAAUAUAUGGGGUGUUUAAGGUAUUCUGAUGAUGAGCAAAAUGGCAAAAGAACAUAUGAAAUAGUUACGAAAAAUUUGAUGAGCUCGAUUAAAACGCAUAAUUUGAAACAUAAACGUGUAUAUGUUUUAGACGAGUACUUGCUGUUGGAUAUUUAA